AUGGAAAAGACGCGCGUUAUCAUCGCAGGGGCAGGACCGGUAGGCUUAUUCACAGCCUAUCUCCUCGCCCGCCAAAAUAUCGAGUGCAUCAUCCUUGAUAGACGCCACAACGUAUCAGAGCACCCCAAAGCCCACACAAUCAACCCGUCGACGCUCGAAAUCUUCCGCCAGGCUGGCUUGGAUGUGACUUAUAUCCGUCAACAAGCAGCCAAGCCCAAAGAUGCCGGAUCGGUGCGGCUCGUCUAUGGCCUGACUGAUGCCGAAAUUGGCUGCUUCUCAUAUGAGCGCCAGGACGAUGAGAUGCACAACUUGACGGCUGAGCCCUUGGUGAACUGGCCGCAGCCGGAGAUAGAGCGCCUGCUCGAGAAAGCUGUCGUUGAGACAAGUCUCGUUCAAAUCAGGAGGGGAUGGCAGGUCGAUGCUGUCGACAUCAACGAGUCACAGGAAGCUGGCUGCGUCGUCUCUUGCAGCAGUCUCACUGGACGAGGAAACGACGGAAACACCAAGCGACAUAGCAUCCAGGCUGAUUUCGUCAUUGGCGCCGAUGGUGUAAACUCGACUGUGCGAGACAAGAUGGCCGGCAUCGAGUUUGAAUCCAUGGGACCAGGGCACGUCUACCAGUCCAUCGUCUGCAAAGGGAGUCUCCGCGCGGCGCUUCCGCCAGGUCGUGAGGCCAUGCUCUACUUCUGCUUCCAUCCAGAGCACCCCAGCGAAUUCAUCGCACACGACCUUGACGCCUCCUUCGUCCACGUCACGCCCGUCAUGGGCCCCUCGUCAGAGGCACCACCAAUCGAGGCCUGUCUCCCAGGUCUGCAGUACUCGGAGGUCCUCCGAACCACCUGGGAGACAGCUCCGCGCGUGGCAUCAUCAUACAGCGAUACGACGCACCGUGUAUUUGUGGUCGGCGAUGCCGCGCACAGCUUGCCGCCUCAGGGUGGUCUUGGCCUCAACACGGGCAUCGCGGACGCACAUAACCUGGUAUGGAAGCUAGCUUCCGUCAUCAACGGAAAAGGCACUCAAAGCCUUCUCGCCAGCUUCACCCGCGAGCGCAGACCCGUCGCACUCGCAAAUCUCGAGUACUCCAAGGGCAGCGAGGCGGCUUUCUACUCCGUUAGUACCUCUCUCGUUGGCCUCGCGAUCCAGUUCCAAGAAGCAAGGGCGCAAGAAGCGCCGGGGUCGGAGCUCACCAUGGACAAAUUCCUCCAACGGCCCGCUGUUUCCGCGGCGGCGGGGGGAGCUGUCACGGAGGCGAGCAAGCACUUUGACUCGCUUGCCCUCCAGCUCGGUUUCAUCUACGACGACCCUUCCUCUACCAAAGGUUUGCUUGAUGACCCGACGGUCUACCUGCCGCGAGCGUGUCCUGGGGCGAGGCUGCCGCAUGGGAGUACGAAUGAUGGGCUGUCUCUCUUGGAUCUCGUGCCCUACAAUCGAUUCACCGUGCUGCACUCUGCGAAUCCAGCUUUCGCGUCUUGCGACUGGGCUGUAGAUGUGGCAGGCCUUGGUUUACCUGAGAGUUGGUUCAGCGUUGUCCCGGAAAUCAAGGGGGGUAAGGGGAUCGUCGUGAGGCCGGAUCAUCGUGUGCUGGUGCAUGUAGACAAUCCAGCGCAGGCGGACGGUGCGGUUAAAGAGUAUUUGGAUCGUGGGAAAGUGUAA